UUCCUCUCCGCACUCCAUGCCGGGUCUCUCUCUCCAGCUCGCCGCGUCAGGCUGGCUCCCGCCGCAGGAGACUUGGCGCAAACCUAACCGCUGCCGCCUCGCGCGCUUCCAGCCCCAGCCUCUCCGCCUUCCCCUGCGCCCCCCGCUCGCGCCAUGGGGCCAACCUGCGGCUCCUAAGAGUUGCCGCUGGGAGCAGCGCGCUCUCCCGCCCAUUUCCCCACGAGCGGGCGAUGGCUUAGAGCGCCAGAGGGGCCAGCCCAGAGGUACCGGGAAGGGGAAAUUCGGCCGGCCGACUGGGGAAAAAGAGGCCAACCAUGAGUUUCCACAAGGAGGACGGAGUGAGCAGCCUGUGCCAGAAGGCGCUGCACAUCGUCACCGAGCUGUGCUUCGCGGGCCAGGUGGAGUGGGAAAAGUGCUCGGGCAUCUUCCCCCGGGACAGGGGCAGCCAGGGCGGAAGCAGCACAGAUAUUUCGGUCAGCUUGUUAGCGGUGGUUGUCAGCUUCUGUGGCCUGGCCUUGUUGGUUGUCUCACUUUUUGUCUUCUGGAAGUUGUGCUGGCCUUGUUGGAAAAGCAAACCUGUGACUUCCAACGUCAGCACCCUUCCACAGAGCAUUUCAAGUGCUCCUACUGAAGUCUUUGAGACCGAAGAGAAAAAAGAAGUUAAAGAAAAUGAAAAGCCAGCUCUAAAAGCUGUUGAGCCUGCUAUAAAAAUCAGCCACACUUCCCCUGAUAUCCCAGCAGAAGUCCAAAAUGCUUUAAAAGAACAUUUAAUUAAACAUGCACGUGUGCAAAGACAAAUUACUGAACCUACAUCCUCAUCCCGCCACAAUUCCUUCAGGAGACACCUACCAAGGCAAAUGCAGGUUUCCAGUGUUGAUUUUAGCAUGGGCACAGAACCAGUUUUACAAAGAGGAGAAACAACAACCAGCAUUGGGAGGAUAAAACCAGAGCUCUACAAACAGAAAUCUGUUGACUCUGAGGGCAACAGGGAAGAAGAUGUCAAAACCUGUGGGAAACUUAACUUCACCCUCCAGUAUGACUAUGAAAAUGAACUUCUGAUUGUUAAAAUUAUCAAAGCCUUAGAUCUCCCUGCUAAAGACUUCACAGGCACUUCUGACCCUUAUGUGAAGAUGUAUCUUCUUCCAGAUAGGAAAAAGAAAUUUCAGACCCGUGUGCACAGAAAGACUUUAAAUCCUCUAUUUGAUGAAACUUUUCAGUUUCCUGUAGCAUAUGAUCAACUAAGCAACCGAAAACUACAUUUCAGUGUAUAUGAUUUUGACAGAUUUUCUAGACAUGACAUGAUUGGGGAAGUGAUUCUUGAUAAUUUGUUUGAAGUCUCUGAUCUCUCCAGGGAAGCCACAGUGUGGAAAGAUAUUCAUUGUGCUACCACAGAAAGUGUAGAUCUGGGUGAAAUCAUGUUCUCCCUUUGUUAUUUGCCAACUGCUGGACGUAUGACAUUGACAGUCAUCAAGUGCAGAAAUCUGAAGGCUAUGGAUAUCACUGGGUCAUCAGAUCCUUAUGUCAAAGUGUCUCUGAUGUGUGAAGGUCGGAGAUUAAAAAAGAGGAAAACAACGACGAAGAAAAACACUCUAAACCCUGUGUACAAUGAGGCUAUUAUUUUCGAUAUCCCUCCAGAGAAUGUGGACCAGGUCAGCCUCUCCAUUGCAGUCAUGGAUUAUGAUAGGGUAGGACACAAUGAGGUCAUAGGAGUGUGUAGAACAGGACUGGACGCUGAGGGUCUUGGGCGAGACCACUGGAAUGAAAUGCUGGCCUAUCACCGAAAACCAAUAACACAUUGGCACCCCUUGCUGGAGUUACCUGGCCGGGCAACCAGUUUUGAUAGUCAAGGAUCCUGUCCAUCUCCCAAACCACCUUCCACACCAUAAUGCCUCCAGAAUAAAGACCAUUUUAAUAAGGACCCAGGACCAUGUGCUCAUCAGAUCAGAAAAAGAGUGGAAGGUUUGAUUUCCUCAUUUAAAAUAUAUCCUGAUAAUGAACAAACUUAAUGUACAAUUUUUCAUUUGCUUUUUUUUUUUUUUUGUCCCUUCUUUAACUUUGGACAUCUUGAUAUAUUUUACUUGAAUACAAGUAGUCCUUACUUUCAUAAGGCAUUUUAUUCUUCAUUUCAUAUACCUAUUAGCACAAAGGUGUUUUAAUAAGUUGCAAUUCUUUGCAUAAGAAAUACAUUCUUUUAAAAGAAUCCAUACUUAUCUAAAAUUAAAUAUAAUUUAUGCUGCUAUUGUAUAAAGUAGCACAUGUCACUUAUGUAUGGUUUUGAUUUUGUUACAAUGUUCAUCUCUAGUCGCACAGAUGGUUCCAUAUAGACUUUAAUGGAAAUUUUGAACUUAAACAGCAUUAAAUCCUUAAACAAUCAAAUUAAUGUCACUUAUCUGAUCAUAUAUUCUUUCAUUCUCAGAAAAUUAGGUCCUUAGUGAGGUUUGGCUCUGCUAAACUCAAAACUUUGUCUCUCAAGCUCAUUUGAAGCAUACACGUAAAGCUGUAAUUUAAAGAACAAUUUUGAAUUAAACUUAAGGAGUAAUAUUUAGUAGCUGGAAAAUGGGAGGUUGAGCCAUUUGGGCUACCAUUUUAUACUGUCUUAAUGUUACAGUGGUUCAAACAUCUGUUGAACUGUUAACUGAUAUUUUCAAAAUUCUAAUAAUCUUUAUCUCAAAUGUAGCGUUAGUAUUCCUAAGUCAAUAGAAUGAGAAGUCGUUUAUUUUUUAAGUGUUUGUAAAGUUCUCAAGUACUGUGACCUGUAUAUUUUAUGACAUAAAGGUAUUACAUAGAUCCUGUAUUUCUGAUAGAACAUACUACACCAAAGGUACAAUAAAAUGUCUGUGCUUAUUGUCAAUUAGAUUGUACAUAGUAAUGGUGACUUUUAAACCCAAUCAGAAACUAAUCACUAGAACUGGGUAUUUUCCUAAAGAAUGGAUGACUUAUUUUUCAGAAAAUUCUAUACAUAUACCAUACAUAACAUAACUUCCACAUUUAAUAGAAAUAAAAAUAAUUCUAAAGGCCCAGACCCACAGUCCUUUCAUGAAAGGUAUUUGCCUUCAUAAGGAUCAAGGAUCAGGCCAGGAGUUGUAAAAACUAUGCAAAUGUUUUUACAUGACAGAACUUUCUUUUAAAUCAGGUCAACUUUUUAUUGUCUCAUUUCUGGACCCUAUCUGAAGGUAUCCAUAUUGAAUGACCUCAACCAUAUUUUUGAGAUAUAUGCAAUGGAUAGUGCAUAUUUCAAAGCUAUCUCAAGAUAGGAGGUUAAAAGAACAAAAAAGGCAAGAAAAAUCUGUAUUUAGAAUGUAAAAACACAUUAUCAGAAUGAGAAAAUUUUAUCAGUAGUUAUAAAAUUUUGAUUUUAGUAGAAUCCCUUAUUUCUACAUGUUAAAAAAAAAAUUUAAGCUGUGAAAUUUUGAUCAUGGCAUCUCUCAUCUGAUGGCAUUACUGUUAAUUAAGAUGUAAAUAUUUUACACAUUAACAUUUUAAAGGCAAACACAAUUCCCUAAAACUUUUCAAAAAUGCCUGUAUCUUCCUAACAAAAGAAAUUACUUCUAGCUAAUAUUAGCUGAUAAAAAAUAACAGAAGGAACUUGUUUGAAAAUACUUGUCUACCUUAUGAAGUUUAGAAGAACCAUUUGCUAUACACAGAAUAGCAAUUUUGGAAAUCUUUGUUUCACUAGGAAAUAAAAAUUGUCAAAUGGGAAGACAAGUGAUACUCAAUAAAAUAACAUUUUUGCUGACAGAUGUUUUAUUAGUAGAUAUAGCUGCAGCCUAUAACUAAUUAGCGACUGUAUUUCCUUAUAUCUCCUAUAAUAAUUAUUUUCAUCUGAAAACAUAUUUUAAAGGACUUUUUAUGCAUUCUUAGGAGCUCCUGCUUUUCUUUGCCUCCUAUGGAGAAAAAGCCAAUGCUUGUGAUGAAAACAACACAAACCAGCCAAACAGGAGACUUUACUAUGGGGAUUAUAGAUAAAAUCUGUUUUUAGGGUAGUUUUUAAAAACUGUUUCCUAGGGAUUAGAAUAAACCCAUCAUGCCAAGUAUUUGUUAAUCCUGUGAGACAGAUGAAAAGAAACUUUACCACAGCUCAUCUUUCAUGCAACGCAUGAGGGACGUUUACCCUCCUAUUCAUAAAGCGUGAUCAUUUAAAAUAAUACUUCUUGUUGCAAAAACAUAAUCCUACCACUUUCAACACAACACACCCUCAUUCUACACAGCCACACACCGAUUCAAACUGAUCCUCCUUCUGCUUGUAAUUGAAGAUGGAAUGUUUUGAAUUUCAGUAUUUAAAAUUAACAUUUUAAUGACAACACUGACCCGUUAUGAAGUUGCAAUUUGGGUAUAUAAUGAACACCUAAUUUCAGGGACUUAUUCAGGGACUUGUCCGACAUAAGUCUAGGAAAAGGGAGCAAGUGUUGAUUCAUUUUGUAACACUGAUUUUCUUUUUGGUUUUUCAUUUAAUUUAAUUUAUUUUAUUUACUUGUGUAUUUUACCUGAUUCUCUAAAUAAUCAGGGGAAUGAGGAAAUUGAAUAUGAAAGAACAUUAAUGUUUGUGGAGUCUACAGUCUUCUCACCAAAAUCUGAACAGACAAUGCUUUUUACGCUAGUUUCUUAAUAUUUUUCUUGACAAUUUUAAUCUUCUUUGUAAGGCUAGCCCUGUUUCUGAUACUUUGUUUUACAUGUAAAAACUCAUGAUAUGAAUGCAUUCACAGUUGAGUAAAAACUAUCAUUACGACUAUGUCAGGGAACUAGAGACGAAACGCAGAGCCAAGCAUCCACUUUCUCAUGCAGUUUUGGCGAAUGUGCGUGUGUUCUAGUUACUGCAGGGAGAUCACAAUUGAUCAAAACUGACUCAGGUUUUAGAUAAAAGCAAAUAUAUUUGAACCUAUUUGGUUAUGAUACUUGUCAUUUCCACCUUGUUUAUUCUCCUAUAAUUUUUAUUAUUUUAAGAUUUUGCAGACUCAAUAAAGAACAAUCUCGUAAGACUUUA